AUGCGAACAUUUCCAAAUGUGAUCAUCACCGGCACCCCUGGGGUGGGGAAGACUGUCCAUUGUGAGCAAUUGGCGCAAGAAACUGGGCUGCGACACCUAUCGAUCAAUCAAGUUGCAAAAGACCGACAUUGUUAUGAGACCUAUGACCAGGAAUUGGAAACUUGGGUCGUAGACGAGGACAAGCUCCUAGAUGCAAUUGAAGAUGAGGUGCUUCAGGGUGGUUACCUAAUUGAUUGGCAUGCGUGCGAUCUAUUUCCCAAAUCCUGGGUCGAUCUAGUCGUUGUUUUGCGAUGCCCAUCUACCUCUGUGCUAUAUGAUCGUCUCUCAACAAGGGGAUAUCAUGAAGUCAAGCUACAGGAAAAUUUAGAUGCAGAGAUUUUCGGCGUUCUUUUGGAAGAAGCUCGAGAUGCUUUCGAUGAAGAGGCGGUGGUUGAGUUAAACAGUGAAAAGGAUGACGAUGUGGAGAGCAACUGUGCAAGAAUCUCAACUUGGGUGGAGUCAUGGAAAAGGGCGCAAUCUGAAAAUACGGUUUAACCUCGAAUCUCGAAUGCAGAAUCAUAUAUUCUUGAUGCAUUUGUAUACCACCAUCUCUAUAUUAUCGUUUCAGACUUGUGUCUCGGAGAGCCAAUUCUGGAGUUUCACCAAUGCCUUGUACCGAUGAGAUAUUUCGUUCUGUUCAGGCGUUUAGUUUGACUAUGUAACACCGAUCAUUUUGUUUUGUCUCACCUUCUUUUCCCUAUCCAUUUCGGCGUAUGUUGUCCCUUGGUAUUCAAAGAUAGGGUCCCAUCCUAUACAACGUUUAUGAGAAUUCGACAGCCCAUAGUUUUAGGUUGAUGUCUACAUACCAAAAUUCGCUGGGCCCCUUGGCCUCACAAUUGCACCCUGGCGAGAAAAAAAAUUAGGUUUCUGGUAAGAUGCAUUCCUGAUCA